GCCGGGCCGUGCUGUGUGUGUGAUGAGGAGCCUGUAGUAAUAUCUCCCUGGUAGCGGAGCUGAGCUGAGCGGAGCGGGGCGAACACAAAACAGAAUCCCGAGAAAGCAGAAAUGGAGCCCUGUGUUUAACAAAGUGGAGUUUUGCUCUCAGCGCGAUGACUUGGUGUACUUUGGGACAGCUCCAGUGUCGGAGGGAGCCGUUAUGAGUCACUCUCCUGACUGAUAUUCAUGUGCAAACGGGACGGACCGACUGACUGACCGGGCGCUGCCUGCCACUCACAGCCGCCUCUCCUCUCACCACCUGCGGCUCGCUCUUUCACGGACUGCCGGCGGGACUGGACCGCAGACUCUUGGAGCGCAGGGGGGGAAAAAAAAGUUCCUGUGCGGGAUGUUCGAACUUUUAAUCUGAUUCUCCGGCGGCUGAGAUGCUGCCCGUGGAGUUUGAUGCUGUUUGCGGAGAUUUCAUCCCAUAGACUGGACAUCAUUAGCACGUUUGGAUCUAUCAGUGCUGCUGGACAGCCUGUCUCACAGACUGAGGGGACUGUGACCAGCCUGUGAGAAGCCUGACUGUAUAAUGGAGUACCGCCACACUUUGGUCCCCCUAUUGGUUUUAUUUACACUCAGAACUUUGGCAUAUGGAUCCAGACCCAGGUUAGAGGAUGCGCCUCCACGGAUCAUAGAACACCCGUCUGAUCUGAUCGUGUCGAAGGGGGAGCCGGCCACCCUCAACUGCAAGGCAGAGGGGCGGCCCACCCCAAUGGUGGAAUGGUACAAGGAUGGGGAGCGGGUCGAGACGGAUCGAGAGGACCCUCGAUCCCACCGGAUGCUCUUACCAAGCGGCUCCCUCUUCUUCUUAAGAAUUGUACACGGAAGACGAAGCAAACCCGAUGAAGGUGUCUACGUUUGUGUGGCGCGUAACUACCUGGGCGAGGCAGUGAGUCGCAAUGCAUCGCUGGAGGUGGCAAUUCUGAGAGAUGACUUCCGUCAAACACCUAGUGAUGUGGUGGUAGCAGCAGGUGAGCCGGCUGUCAUGGAGUGCAUCCCCCCAAGAGGUCAUCCGGAACCCACCAUCUCUUGGAAGAGAAACAACAUCCGUGUUAAUGAUCGGGAUGAGAGGAUCACUAUCCGAGGAGGCAAGCUAAUGAUAUCCAACACCAGAAAAAGCGAUGCUGGCAUGUAUGUGUGUGUUGGAACAAACAUGGUCGGAGAAAAAGACAGCGAUCCUGCUGAACUCGUGGUGUUUGAGAGGCCAGUGUUCACCAAACAGCCGGUGAACCAGGUGGUGUUGGCAGACGAUACGGUGGACUUCUUCUGCGAGGUGCAUGGAGACCCAACUCCGACUGUCCGCUGGCGGAGAGAGGAGGGAGAGUUGCCCCGGGGCAGAUUUGAGAUCCGCAGUGACAACAGCCUGCGCCUGACCCAGGUGCGAGGUGAGGACGAGGGCACUUACACCUGCGUGUCAGAGAACAGUGUGGGCAAAGCCGAAGCUUCGGGCACCCUCCAAGUGCACGUCGGCCCAUCCAUGCCCCCUCAGAUUGUAGUUCGGCCGCGGGACCAGAUCACAGCUCCAGGUCGCACCAUAACCUUCCUCUGUGGCACCAAAGGAAACCCUCCACCCGCCGUCUUUUGGCAAAAACAAGGCAGCCAGAUCUUGCUGUUUCCCAUCCAGGAGCCAUCGCAGGCGGGUCGAUUCUCCGUGUCGCUGAGCGGAGAGCUGACCAUCACGGACGUCCAAGUAGAAGACUCUGGCUUUUACAUCUGCCAGGCCAUCAGCGUAGCCGGCAGCAUCCUGACUAAAGCCCUGCUGGAGGUGGAAAGUGCGCCUUCGGACCGCGUCCCGCCCAUCAUCCGACAGGGACCAGCCAAUCACACAUUAGCUCCUGGUUCCACCACUCAGUUACACUGCCACAUCAUGGGAAACCCCAUCCCCAGCAUCCAGUGGGAAAAAGACGGCCAGAGGAUCCUGGGAAAUGACGGUCGAAUCAGCUUGAUGGAAAACGGCACCUUCCAAAUCACCAACCUGCAGGAAACGGACUCCGGAGUUUACACCUGCCUGGCUUCCAGCUCCAGCGGAGAGACCAGUUGGAGUGGAGUGCUCACAGUCAAAGAGAGCGCAGACUCAUCAGUAGCUCAGGCCACAGAGCCUUUCCAGUUGCCAGGUCCGCCGCACAAACCCAUAGUCACGGAUGUGUCCAAAAACAGUGUCUCCCUGACCUGGCAACCCAACGCUCAUGAGGGAGGGGCCGCCGUCACCUCUUACAUCAUCGAGGCCUUCAGCCAAUCAGCAGGCAGCACAUGGCAGACUGUAGCUGACAUGGUCAAGAUGGAAACGCACACAAUCACCGGCCUUCUCCCCAACACCAUCUACCUGUUCAUUGUCCGUGCCGUAAACGCCUACGGCCUGAGUGACCCGAGCCCCAUCUCGGAGCCCGUCAGAACGCAAGAUGUGAACCCUACAGGUCAGGGAGUGGACCACAGGCAGGUCCAGAGGGAGCUGGGAGAGGUGGCCGUCCAGCUGAUGGUUCCCUCAAUGCUGACAACAGCUUCCGUCAGAGUGUCUUGGACUGUUGACAGUCAGUCUCAGUUCGUCCAGGGCUACCGUCUCUUCUACCGACCCAGCGGGGGAUCCUGGCUCCUCCAGGACAUCAACUCGCCCUCCGAACGCAGCACAGUCCUAACCAACCUGCUCAAAGGAACCGAGUAUGAGAUAAAGAUACGGCCCUAUUUCGAUGAAUUCCAGGGAAAAGACAGCCGAACGUUGCUGGUUCGAACCCCAGAAGAAGUCCCCAGUGCCCCACCCCAAGCUGUCACAGUGGUGAAGCUAAGCAACAGCUCCAGCGCCACCGUCUCCUGGGAGCCUCCACCCAGCCGCAUGCAGAACGGCGUCAUCCUGGAGUACAGGGUGUGGUGUGUGGGCAGCGGCGGCGACAACCAGACGCGCUACCACAUCAACAAGACGGUGGAUGGAAACACGCUGUCCACAGUGGUUAAAGGUCUGAUGCCCAGUGUGCUCUACCAGGUGGAGGUGGCAGCGGUGACCAGUGCCGGUGUCGGAGCUCGCAGUCAGCCAGUUUCCGUCCUCAUCAAGGUUCCAUCUGAACAGCCCUCCACGCCUGGCAGCGGCGGAGGCGGCGGCACCAGCGACAGCGGCGAGGAGAGCAGUGUGAGUCUGGCCGAGCAGAUCACCGAUGUGGUCAAGCAGCCAGCGUUCAUCGCAGGCAUCGGCGGAGCCUGCUGGGUCAUCCUCAUGGGCUUCAGCGUCUGGAUCUACUGCCGCCGCAAGAAGAGGAAGGAGCUGAGCCACUACACCGCCUCCUUCGCAUACACACCGGCAGUUGGUUUCCCUCAUGGCGAGGCAUCGGGACUGAAUGCAAGGCCCGGCGUGCUGGGAGGCAACAUGGGCAACUACCCAUGGCUGGCAGACUCUUGGCCCACCACCAAUCUGGUCCACAGCGGUAAAGAGGCGGUCAAUUGCUGCACGGCCAAUCACGACACAGCUGAGAGAUACUAUAAUGAAGCCGGUAUCUCCAACUACCUGAAUCAGACGGAGAAGUACAGCAUAGGUGGCUCCACCGAGGGUCCAAUCUACAGCACCAUCGAUGCCACCAGUGAGGACCUGCACAGCUUCACCUACGGCCAGCACAACUCCACCACCCCGUACGCCUCCACCUCCAUCAUGCCUUUCACCAACCAAACGCAGACACCGGUCCACAGUGCCGAGCAGCAGGACGAUGGACACUGGAUCACCCAGCCGGGGCCCUCUGGCGCUCAGUACGCCCAGCCGGACCGCUGCAACGGUAAGCCCAAGCAGAAGGCAAUGGGGAAGGCUGUGAAGACCCCGUCUCUGACCUGGAUGGAGGCGUUGCCCCCACCUCCCCCCAUAGGGGAGCUGGAACAGGGUGAGCCGGACGAGCAGCCCCUGGAGCACGAGGACAUGGACUUAGGCUCGGAUGAGGAGUGGUGCCCCCCCCUCCCAGAGAGGACCUAUCUGAUGGAGGGCUGCGAGGAUGGGCCCGCUCCCCCGCAGAGGAACAACGCCUGCUCUCCCGCCACCUCCUACAGCCACCAGUCGACCGCCACGCUCACCCCAUCGCCUCAUGAGGAGACCCGAGCCCCACAUGACCUCCCCCGCCUUCACCAACUAGACAGCCAGCAGCUGUCACGCAGACGGUUACCCUGCGGUCCAGUGCCAGUUCCCCAGGCGCCGAGCCCGCCGCUCACCCAGUCCAACCCCAACCUCUCCGGCCAACAGCAUCACGGCUCAUCAGAAGCUGGCACGCUGCAGUGCCAAAGUCCAGCCCCUCGCUGCCUCCACAGCCAGGGGCCAGCUCUCAGCGAAGACAGCGUCAACGCAACUACACCCGUACACAGUCGCUCAUCCCCAGCAGACACAUGCACUCCUCCCAGCCAAAAGUCACGAGUGAAAAAAAAGGUGUCAAAGAGUUCAGCCUACAGAAGAGACAUACAAGGAGACCUGCCCCCACCUCCGGAGCCACCCCCAGAGGUGAAGCGGUUGGAGGGCCCCCAGGGGUGCGUAGAUGGAGUGAACGGCGCGCUGUCCUCCCUGGAGAGGAGCGAAUACAGCAGCAAUAGUCACCAGCGGAAAGGCUCGGGACACAGACACACUGACAACGAGGACACGAUGGUGUACGGCAGUAAGGCCGCUUACCUCUCCAGGAGUCAGAUGUCCAGUAACUGCUCGACCACAGGGAGCUCCUCAUCCAGAGGCUCCACUGGCUCCCGAGGGCUCAACUCGGCCAGAAAACACAAUGAGGAAAUGAGAUAAGGACACCAGUGGACUGUCCGUGUACCUUCGAUGCCUCCAUCACCCCCCCCCCCCAUCCUUCCACCGUGGACACAACGAGCUGGACAAGAGAAAAAAAGCUUUGUGUUUCAGGAGACCAGACUCUGGGUCAUUGCUGUGAAAGAGCGAACAAAGGACUUUACAUCAUGUUUUCGGUAUUACUAUGAUAAUUUAUGAGCUAUCAAGUUCACUCCUCUCCCUUGAUUUGUAAAUACCUGUGUCUGUACUGUUCUUUUGUGGGUUCUGGAUACAGGGAAAGAGACGUAUAUUGUAUUUAUGAGGAUAAAACAUAAAAAAAAACGAUGUAAAAAAAAAAACAAAACAAAAAACAAAACAAGUCUGUUAUUAUGAAAAAAAAAAGCUCAUGUCUUCUUGAAUGUGCCAACCUUUUUUUUUGUUAAAAUGUAUACUUUUUUGGUAAAGCAUUAACUACUGUUGCACUCUCUUGUUGUGAUGGCAAAACAACAGAAAAUAUGAAGCACAAAGUGUGUUUGCUGGAUGAGAGGGGCGGUGAGAAAAGCCAAAACGAGCGGGUACUCGCUCCUGGAAGGACGCUUCCCGAGAGGGAUCCCUGCACCCAUGUAGUCCGCUAAGAAUGUCAUAGUUUUCUAUGUUCCCUCUGGUUCCUCUGCAGCAAAAUGUUCCAGUGUGCCAGCAGACAGACAGGCUUUAUAAAAGUUUGAUUGUAACCCCUCCCGCUCCUCUCUUGUCCCCUCUACUUGUUCGUCUGAGGGACUGUUUGCUGCAGCCGUGAGAUAAAAAUUUGCAUAUACUCCUUCCAAAACAAGCGGAAAAAUGUCUGUGGACUGACUUUUUUGUACUCUCUUGUCGUUUUGUAAAUGUACAAUAAAAUACAUUUGCUGAUCCGA